UUAGAUUUGACUCUUCUAAAAUGCAGUUUCGUCUUCCCAGUGAAUAUACAACAUGUAGAUAUACCUCCAAAAUACAUACAUUAAAACACGCCAAAAAAUAUAUAUAUAUUAUGUACAUUAUUCUCCAACACAGUAGGCGGCGUCAAAUAGUCGAACAGAAAGGAAAAGCUCACUGUUAACGGGGACGGGGCCGGGGCCUCUCGUCUCAAACACUACAGCGCCUUAAAACGUGAUAGAAAUGCGUGAACCGAGCGUGGAGUGGAUUACAGAAAUAAACUGCAUCAAAGCUGAUAAACCAUCAUGAUACCCAUCACCGAACUUCGGUAUUUUGCUGAUACCCAGCCGGCAUACCGCAUCUUAAAACCAUGGUGGGAUGUUUUUACAGAUUACAUCUCAAUCGUCAUGCUAAUGAUUGCAGUUUUUGGUGGGACACUGCAGGUCACUCAGGACAAGAUGAUAUGCCUGCCUUGCAAGUGGGUGAGCAAUACAACCUGUGAGACUAGGCCAGUGCCAAAUAUUACCAUUCCCUAUGCUCCAGAGCCUAAAGGCAUUCAGUAUGACCUUGACCGCCAUCAGUACAAUUAUGUCGACGCUGUGUGCUAUGAGAACAAACUACACUGGUUUGCCAAAUAUUUUCCUUAUCUGGUGCUCCUCCACACUCUUAUUUUUCUUGCCUGCAGUAACUUCUGGUUCAAGUUCCCCCGCACAAGUUCAAAACUGGAGCAUUUUGUUUCUAUACUCCUCAAGUGCUUUGACUCCCCAUGGACAACAAGAGCUUUGUCUGAGACUGUGGUGGAGGAGAGUGACCCUAAGCCUCCAGGCAAAAUGAAUGGCUCAAUGGAUAAGAAGGCAUCUAGUAUCAGUGAAGACGUGGAGGCUAGUGUGCCCAUGCUUCAACGAACCAAGUCCAGAAUUGAACAGGGAAUUGUAGACCGUUCGGACACUGGGGUUUUAGACAAAAAGGAGGGUGAGCAGGCUAAGGCACUUUUUGAGAAAGUGAAGAAGUUUAGAAUUCAUGUUGAAGAGGGCGAUAUAGUUUACUGUCUUUAUAUACGACAAACCAUCAUCAAAGUUAUCAAGUUCAUCCUCAUCAUUUCCUACACUGCUUACUACGUCCAGAAUAUAAAGUUUAAUGUAGUGUGCAAUGUAAAGGCCAUGGAAAAGCUCACAGGGUAUGGCAUGUUUUACUGUGCCCACCCACUGGCUACUCUUUUUAAGAUUUUAGCUUGUUUUUACAUUAGCUUGGUGGUUGUUUAUGGUUUGAUUUGCAUGUACACACUAUGUUGGAUGGUCAGUCGAUCCCUAAAACGAUACUCAUUUGAGUCAAUCCGUGAAGAAAGUAGUUAUAGCGACAUACCUGACGUUAAAAAUGAUUUUGCCUUCAUGUUACAUAUGAUAGAUCAGUAUGAUCCUUUAUACUCCAAGCGCUUUGCAGUUUUUCUCUCUGAGGUGAGUGAGAACAAGCUGAGACAACUGAACUUGAACAAUGAGUGGACUCUAGAGAAGCUGAGGCAGCGCAUCACCAAAAACUCCCAGGAUAAGUUGGAGUUACAUCUCUUUAUGCUCAGUGGAAUUCCGGACACAGUCUUUGAUCUGGUAGAGCUAGAAGUGCUCAAACUUGAGCUUAUACCGGAUGUUACUAUUCCUCCAAUUAUUGCACAGCUUUCCAACUUGAGAGAGAUGUGGCUGUAUCACACGCCAGCUAAAAUUGAGGCCCCAGCACUGGCUUUUUUGAGGGAGAACCUUAAGUCGCUCCACAUCAAAUUCACUGAUAUCAAGGAGAUCCCAUUAUGGAUUUACAGUUUAAAGAACCUCAGUGAACUGCACCUAACUGGCAACCUCAGCGCUGAUAAUAAUCGGUUUAUCGUCAUUGAUGGUCUCCGUGAACUGAAACGACUCAAGGUGCUGCGUCUGAAGAGCAAUCUAACAAAACUGCCCCAGGUUGUGACUGAUGUUGGUGUACAUCUUCAGAAGCUCUCCAUCAACAAUGAAGGAACCAAGCUGAUGGUUCUCAACAGUCUGAAGAAAAUGGUUAACCUCUCAGAGUUGGAACUGGUUCGUUGUGACCUUGAACGCAUCCCACACUCCAUUUUUAGUUUGCACAACCUGCAGGAGAUUGACCUGAAGGACAAUAAUUUGAAGACUAUCGAGGAGAUCAUCAGCUUUCAGCACUUGCACCGACUUGUGUGCCUCAAGCUGUGGUACAAUCAGAUCGCGUAUAUCCCCAUUCAAAUUGGCACUCUCACCAACCUGGAAAGGCUCUAUCUCAAUAGGAACAAGAUUGAGAAAAUCCCCAGUCAGCUGUUUUUCUGCCGUAAGCUUCGAUUCCUUGACCUGAGUCACAAUAACUUGACGAGCAUCCCAGCAGAUGUCGGCUUCCUUCAAAACUUACAGUACUUUGCCGUAACUGCAAAUAGGAUCGAGACUUUGCCUCCAGAGUUAUUCCAGUGCAAGAAGCUGCGCACUUUGAAUCUUGGAAACAACUGCUUGCAAACUCUUCCAUCGCGGUUUGGAGAGCUCACUGGCCUCACUCAGCUGGAGCUCAGAGGGAACCGGCUGGAGUGCCUGCCUGUGGAGCUGGGGGAGUGUCGCCUUCUUAAGAGAAGUGGCCUGGUCGUGGAGGAAGAUCUCUUCAACACCUUGCCAUCAGAAGUGAAAGAGCAGCUUUGGAGGGCUGAUAAGGAGCAAGUUUGAGUCAAACACAGUCCAAAGCUUUAUUGUUGGAGGAAAACAAGAGAAAAGGCAAGCUGUUGUUUUUUUUUUUAUGGCAGGCAAUCCUACAGAGAUGUACUUCAGCCACUGUGUGUGCUUAGAAAAGCUCUCCUGAUAUUUUUAUUCAGACUGCCUCUACAUCAAAAUCAUGGAUGUCACUGUAAUUGCCCCACUACUUAAAUAUUCACCAUAGUGAAUCUAUGUAAUGCUUUUUCAUCUUAGCAAGAAGGCCUUGUGUUUUCAAAGAAUAUUUUAGCAAUACUUUGCAAUCAUUUAUUUCCAUCAGACCCAUGUCCAGCUUUUCUUUCUUCCUUCCUCACAAUGAGUAUACAGCGUACGUAAGCCUUAAUGUGACAACUUAAUUGAACCAAUGGACAAUGAUUGAACAACAGCUCUUCAGUUUAUAAUCUAAUCAUCAACCCUCAUAAAGAAGUAGAUCAUGUCUGAAUGAGCAUUUGCAUGGUUAGGAAUUACAGUCUCUUGUUUAAGUAUGACUUGAUUCAGUUUAACUGAGAUAUUAGUCAUGCUAACAUUUGUAUCUCUUGAAGCAGACAUUAUAUAGCAUGGUUUUCAUCCAUACACAUCAUGUCUGAGCAUGUAAAAAAGAUUGGUUCACAAAGCCUGGGUAUGGUUAUUGCCAUAAUGUUUUUAUCCGUUUUUAUUGCCUUUUUGUAUUGUACAGUAUCUAUGCCUGUAAUCCAGAAAUGACCUUUAUCCAGUAUAUGGCAGUAUAUGCUUUACUUUAGUGUCAAGAGUCCUAUGAGUUAUGCCUUUUGUACAGGGUAAAUAAUAUUUGACAGACGCCACACACAGUGCUUUUUUAUUGUCUUAACAUGAAUGAUGCAAGCUUGCACAGUAUGAUUGAGAUAUUUAAACUUUUUUUUCCUUCACUACAUUAGGCUAAAAUGCUUUUCGGGUGGUGGUAUGAUUAUUUCAGAUACAUUCAGCAUGCUGUGUCUGCUUGUAUCUUAAUAGCAGGGUUUGAAUGGUGUAACUAACAUAGAUUAAAUGAGUUAAGUUUACUCUAACCAUGACAAGCAUGACUUGUUAAAGCCUUAUUGCAGAUGUAUGAUAUUGAAAAUCAAAACAUUUCAUUACCUUGCUGGUAUUACCAAAAUAUAACUUUGGUACCUUUUGUUAUAACCAGAUGUUUUUAUUUUGUUUUAUCUAAUGUUUUUUUUGUUUUUGUUUUUUUCCAUGUUAUAUAUUUUAUGUAUAUUUAUGUGGCAAAUUAUGUUUAAGGUCUUCAAAAAUAAUAUGUUAAAUGAGAUUUGAGAUGGAAAAGCCCAUCAAAAUCAACAAUAUGUUUGUUUCAAAGAAAAAAAACUCAUUUUGAAGCAACUCCUUGUUUUCUAUUUAAGAUGACCUUUUUCUGCACAGACAGACUUUUUGUGUGUUACUCAUUUCCUCUUAAUCAGUACCAGGUCUGUGACUCAAAGAAAGCAAAUUCAACAGCUGAUCUCUGGUCAUGCGGGUUACAUGAUGUUUAUUUAUAUUUAAUUAAAAGUUUGUUCCUAUUUAUAUUGCACUACUUCUCAAGACAUAUUUGAGGGAAUGUUUUAAUUUGUGCACCUUUCUGACAAUCUCAAAAUGACUUGUGGGCUACAUUUUAAUUAAUGGUCUGAAUACUAUUCAUAUUUCACAGAGCAGUUUGUAAUAAUGUUUUCAUUUGCAGAUGUUUAGUUUCACUGUUUUCAUUUUACUCAAGUCCCCUUUAAUCUCAUUGUAUUUGUAAAGUGGACUUGUCUGACCAGCUUUAAAUCAUAUGUAUAGUGCAGAGAAAACACAGUGACACAUUGACUUUUCUAAGUGGAAAAUCUAAUUUGUACACUCAACAAUUUAAAGCGAUCAAUAAAAUGGCAACAUCAAAUA